UGCGAACGGGAAGGAGCGUUGGGGAUCCGGAGUCUCGAGACUGAGACAUUUUCGGGCCUGAAAGGGGAAGAAUCCAUCCCCGCCGCAGCCAGCCCGCGCCCGCCCUUCUUUCCUGCCUUCGGCCCGGCCCGGCCGCGCCGCCUCUUCCUGCCGUCUCCCUCCUCGGCCGUCCCCGCGUGUUGCGCGGUCGCCGGGCACCGGGGCUGCGGCGAGGAGCCCGCGGGCGGCCGGUCGGGCGGGGCGGGCGGCGCUGACAGCAUCCUGAGGUUGGCAUUAAACUUAUCCCAGUGGAGCCCAUGACUUCUGAUCAGGACACUAAAGUUGUGGCUGAACCGCAGGCGCAGCGAGUCCAGGAGGGCAAGGACAGCUCUCAUCUGAUGAAUGGUCCUAUAUCUCAAACCACUUCUCAAACAAGUUCCAUCCCAGCUUUGAGUCAGACCUCUUAUCAACUACCAGUGUCAGAGGAUGGUGUUGUUUGGGGAUGGCAAAGUAGAGGUGGACAGUUAGUACCAACAACUAAGGUUUCAGAGCUAAACCCUAAUGCGAAAGUAUGGGGGACUCAUAUGUUACAUUUGGAGGCAAGUAGUGCUGCUGUUGGUGUGAGUGCCACAUGGGAGGAGGCGCCUGGCCAUCGUGACUGCAACCAGCAGGGAUUGGAUGCCAGUGGUGAUGGUGACAAAAGUCAUGAGAAUGCAGCAUUACCGGACUUACAGGAGUCAGACCAGACAGACAUGAACACUUUGGCUCUGGAUCAUUCAGAAUAUGAAUCACUGCCUGAAAAUAGUGAAACAGGAGGAAAUGAGUCUCAACCAGAAAGCCAGGAAGACCCCCGGGAAGUACUUAAGAAAACAUUGGAAUUCUGCUUAUCUAGGGAGAAUCUUGCUAGUGACAUGUAUCUUAUAUCACAGAUGGAUAGUGAUCAAUAUGUGCCAAUUACAACAGUAGCUAACCUUGACCAUAUCAAAAAACUCAGUACUGAUGUGGACUUAAUUGUUGAAGUGCUAAGAUCUUUACCUUUAGUUCAAGUGGAUGAGAAGGGAGAAAAAGUAAGGCCAAAUCAAAAUCGUUGCAUAGUAAUAUUGCGUGAAAUCUCUGAAUCUACCCCUGUGGAAGAAGUAGAAGCACUAUUUAAAGGAGAUAAUUUACCAAAAUUUAUAAACUGUGAAUUUGCCUAUAAUGAUAAUUGGUUUAUUACAUUUGAAACAGAAGCCGAUGCACAGCAGGCUUACAAAUACCUGCGAGAAGAAGUCAAAACUUUCCAAGGAAAGCCAAUUAAGGCACGGAUAAAAGCAAAGGCAAUAGCUAUAAAUACAUUUUUGCCAAAGAAUGGAUUUAGACCUCUGGACAUGAACCUUUAUACACAGCAGCGUUAUACAACAUCAUUUUAUUUACCUCCAGUAUACAGCCCCCAGCAGCAGUUUCCUCUGUACAGCCUGAUUACCCCCCAGACGUGGUCAACAACACAUAGCUAUCUUGAUCCACCCUUGGUAACUCCGUUUCCAAAUACUGGAUUUAUAAAUGGGUUUACGUCUCCAACCUUCAAACCUGCAGCAUCUCCUCUGACUUCACUUAGACAGUAUCCUCCUAGAAGCAGGAAUCCUAGUAAAUCUCAUCUGCGCCAUGCAAUUCCUAGUGCAGAGAGAGGACCUGGACUACUGGAAAGUCCAUCAAUAUUUAACUUCACUGCGGAUCGGUUAAUUAAUGGUGUCCGGAGCCCACAGACAAGGCAAACAGGGCAAACUAGAACGCGGAUACAAAACCCUUCAGCUUAUGCCAAGAGAGAGAUUGGAACUGGUCGUGUGGAGCCAAGUAGUCUUGAGUCCUCUCCUGGUUUAGGGAGAGGAAGGAAAAAUUCCUUCGGCUAUCGGAAGAAAAGAGAGGAGAAGUUUACAAGCAGCCAGACUCAGUCUCCAACACCACCAAAGCCUCCGUCGCCAAGCUUUGAACUGGGAUUGUCCAACUUUCCUCCAUUACCUGGAGCUGCUGGCAAUUUGAAGACAGAGGACUUGUUUGAAAACAGGCUAUCUAGCUUGAUCAUAGGACCAUCAAAAGAAAGAAGCCUCAAUGCAGAUGCAAGUACAAACACUAUACCCGUAGUGGUCCCUAGAGAGCCCUCAGUGCCGGCUUCCUGUGCUGUAUCAGCAACAUAUGAACGAACCCCUUCCCCAGCCCAUUUACCUGAGGAUCCCAAGGUAGUAGAAAAACAGCGAGAAACCCACAGCAUGGACAGACUCCCUUCUACCCUUGCUACGACCGCAUGUAAAUCAGUGCAAGUGAAUGGAGCUGCCACUGAAUUGCGGAAACCCAGUUAUGCAGAGAUUUGUCAGAGAACGAGUAAAGAGCCUCCUUCCUCCCCGUUGCAACCUCCAAAAGAACAAAAGCCAAACACUGUCACUUGUGCGAAGGAGGAAAAGAAGCUCGCUGAGCCCAUGGAGAGAUACAGGGAGCCCUCUGCCCCCAAGUCCACUCCUGGAGCCCCCAAAGACCAGAGGAGGCAGCCGGGGCGCCGACCCUCCCCCCCAGCUGUCGGGAAGCGUCUCAGCAGAGAACAGAACACUCCCCCCAAGUCUCCUCAGUGAAAACUGUAUGCCUGGGAGGGGUCGCAGAGAGCUGUAUUAACCACAAACAAAACUCUUCCCACUCAGUACAAGAUUGAGUCGCUGGUUAGGAGCUUGCAGUGUCUGUGAGGCCCGUGGGAUGCCUGCAAGUUAUUUGUCUUCUGUGAGUCGGAUUCUCCCACUCUUGAAAAAAAUCUAUUUUUCAGGAUUUAAUUAAUAUAAACCUUAUUUUAGGUUGGUGCUUAACUGGAGGUGAUGCAUAAGUCUGAUUUUUUUCAGGGUAGAAAAAUGCAUUUAUCCUAACAAAUUGAUAUUUUUUAUUAAGCCUCCAUGUGGCUCUGAAUGCAAGCUAUAUAUAGUGAGUUUUUCUAAAUUAAGGGAACUAUGCUACUUUUUUUUUUUUUUUUUUUUUUU